AUGCCCUUCCCCCCAUGUACUUACCAGCUGAAUACAUCGACACAGCCGCCCUCUACCCAGGAGAAUCCCGGCGAUGACUCAGCUGCCGAGCGCUCGGGAGUCAAGUUUGCCCCUGAGCCUAAAUUCCAUCAUCUUACAGAGAGAAUAACCCUUCGGUUAGUGAAGGAUAGCAAUGGUCUCGGCUUCAGCAUCGCAGGGGGAAAAGGUUCACCUCCCUUCAAAGGAACUGACGAUUCGAUAUUCAUCUCCAGGAUAUCAGAAGGUGGUGCUGCCGACAGGACGGGUGCCUUGCAAGUUGGUGACAAGGUCUUAAAGAUAAACAAUUUUGAAAUGGUAGAGGCAAGACACGAGAUGGCCGUAGCGCUGUUAACAAAGAGCAAAGAGAUUGAUCUGGUUGUUCUAAGGGAAACCAUGGAGAUUGAACACCAUGAACCAUUAGUCAAACACGAUCCUCCAGAAUUCAGAUACCGCAUGAACGGUCCCAACGGACCUGCAGAGGAGCUUGAGACGGAGGAGGUCUUACUCAAGAGGACGCGGGGCCCUCUCGGUCUUAGUAUCGUCGGUGGUAUAGAUCACUCAAGUCAUCCGUUUGGAGGCGACGAGCCGGGCAUCUUCAUCUCAAAGAUUGUCCCGAAUGGUUCGGCGGCCAGUACCAAUCUGAGGGUAGGUGAUCGUCUUCUCAUGGUGAACGGCAAGGAGAUGAAGGACGCUACACAUCAGUUUGCUGUCAACACGCUCCUCUCAAACUCACAACACAUUCACUUAAUGGUCAGGCAUGAUCCGCCACCUAAGGGACUCAUAGAAAUCAAAGUUCCCAAGGCUCCCGGCGAAAAGUUAGGUAUCAGCAUUAGGGGAGGGAACAAGGGUCAUCCAGGCAACCCCCUCGAUCGAAAUGAUGAGGGAAUUUUCAUCUCAAAGGUCAACGAAGUUGGUGCUGCAGCUCGUGACGGGAGGUUAAGAGUGGGACAGAGGAUAUUGGAGGUGAACGGCCAGAGCAUGUUGGGUUCCCGGCACCGAGAGGCUGUGAUGGCCCUUCGGGGAUGCGGAGACAUGCUCGGCAUCCUAGUAUGUGAUGGCUUUGAUCCCAGUGAGGUAGCCUACUGGCAGUCCAGGCCAGGGUGCGCCGGCAACCCCCUAUCCCAGGUGGACCUCAGCAAGAGGAACAGCCAAGAGAGCAUCUCCUCCAUCGAUAGGGACAUGACCACCGAGGAGCUCAACAGGUUAAAUCAGGAAGCUGAGUUUCAGUUAGAAGCCCAGGAAUUUGAGGAAGAGGAAUUAGCCAAACUGGAUCGAAGAGAGGAAGAGAUGAGGAGACAACGAGAGGAAGAAACAAGGAGAUUAACAGAGGAAAACGAGGAAAACUUCCAAAAGAUAAUUAGGAGAAACGUUACCCCUCCUGCCCGGCAAAAAACCUUUGCCCAGGAGCAGGAAGAAGAAGAGACCGAUGACGAGGAGGAGGUGGACACGCCCUUGCUGCGCCUCAGGAGUCCGGACUCGGAAGAAGAUUUGAUAAAAGAAGAGUUGAUCCCCCUGCGGGUCGAUACAGAGAUUGAAAUCAGUUCCAAUCAACAAACCAAAACAACAGAAAACGGAACGGCAGAUGAUGAUGACGAUCUUCCUCUCCCACAGGCAAAGCCAAGGAAAAAGGCGCCGCCCCCGGUGGCCCCCAGGCCCCGAAACGCCUUCCGUGGCAUUCGAAACUCGAGUACGAGCAGCACGGCCUCCCGAUCCUCCAGUGUUUCAACCCCGCCCGGGUCUCCUGAGAAGGAGCCAAGUUCUUACGUUACAAGCAGCUUUCGGAUUUCUCAGACACUCAUAGAGGGUGUCAGCUGUAGUCCUAUGUCUAAAGGAACUAGUGAUGAUCAUUCACUUUUGGAAACAUUUGCACCGAGUCCUUUUAGAGAGAAGUUGCAUCAAGAGGACGAAAGUGAUAACUCUCUUGUGAAAGGAGGAGGAAACCCUCACCCUUCCUACCACAAUCCCGGGCCUUCUCUUGAGAAUCCUAGUCAACAAAACCCUGGUACCCCUGAGCACAGUCCAGAGCAUCUCCUUCAAGGGUCAGGAAAAGAAAAUCCCCAUCCGCAACAGAACCCUUUGCCCCAAGUCCAGCAUAAUCCAGUCAGUCAUGAAGAUUGCAAUCCUGGAAAUCCCAGUGGCCACAAUCCUGGAAAUCCCAGUGGCCACAAUCCUGGAAAUCCCAGUGGCCACAAUCCUGGAAAUCCCAGUGGCCACAAUCCUGGAAAUCCCAGUGGCCACAAUCCUGGAAAUCCCAGUGGCCACAAUCCUGAAAAUCCCAGUGGCCACAAUCCUGGAAAUCCCAGUGGUCACAAUCCUGGAAACCCCAGUGGCCAUAGUCCUAGAAAUCCUAGCAGUCAUAAUCCUGGAAAUCCUGAUGGUCAUAACCCUGGAAAUCCCAGUAGUCAUAAUCCUGGAAACCCUGAUGGCCACAACCCUGGCAAUCCCAGUAGACAUAAUCCUGGAAAUACUAGCUGUCACAAUCCUGGAAGUCCUAAAGACAACCUCCCUCAAACUCCAGUUGGCCAUAAUCCUGAAAAUCCUGACCAUCCCAUGAAACACAAUCCUGGAAGUCCCACAGUCCACAAUCCUGGAAAUCCCAAAGACCACAAUCCCGGAAGCCCCAAAGGCCACAAUCCCAGAAGCCCUAAAGGCCACAACCCUGGAAGCCCUAAAGACCACAAUCCUGGAAAUCCCAAAGACCAUGGUCCUAAGUCACAAGGAAUAGAAAACCCUCAUCCAAAAGAAGAGGAAACACAAGCAAGUUCCAGUCCUCACCAUGUGAAAUCCCCAGGCCCGUUUGACAAGCCCAACCCAUUCCUUAAUCCUGCUGGAAAGCCUAAUCCAUUCAGGGACUCUACAAGUCCUGUCUCCUAUACAGACACGCGACCUAAGUACAAACCAAUCACUUCUCCCAUUAAAAGUCCUGUUACAUCUCCAAAACCGAAGCAGUACCCUGACAUUCCCCCAAAGCGUCGUCCACUUUCCCCGAAAUCCCCUAGUUCGGAACAUUCUUCAGAUGAUGAGGAAAUAGCAAAGGCUAAAGCAAGUUUAGAAGCUCGGUCAGAAGUCCUCAAAUUUAAUAGGGUUAAGGGUCGCGACACCAGCCGCUUCCAAGCCAAUCCAUUCUUUCAGCAGCAGCAGCAACAAAAGCCAACUGCUCCUGAAGUGAAGACAAAAACCCUGACACAGCUGCUGUCUUCCCAGAAGGUUGUUUCAAAGGCCAAAGUUGCGUCACCUCCGCCACCCAUCUCGAGCUCACCGCCUUCCUUCAGCCCUGUAAAGUCUCCCCUCUCACCUGAGGUAUCCUAUAUAAAUCCAGAGACCACAUUGACAUCAUCACCCACACCUCCAGAAGAUGAAAAGCCUGCGUCGGACGGUCCAGAGCCCUCAAAACUAGCCUUCAAAGACAAGUGGAAACGGUUUGAACAACAGAUCGAUGAGCAGUCGCAUUCUACACCUAAGACAAAUACCAAGAAAGUAUCUCUAGUCAGUGAUCAAGACCUUCAGAAGAUCAAAGAGGAUGAACAGAAGAAGGUAUCAACGAUGUCACCUGAUGAUCUUCUGAACUACUCACAGGGUGGCCUAGAUGAGAAUAAUACAUUCAAUGCCAGUAUAUCAAUUAGUCCCAUUGGUGCAAAGAAAGAUAACAACUCUGAAUUAACAGCAUCGGAGCUCAGGUCAAGAGAAGCUGACGUGAAAGCAUUGUUAAGAGCUGCAAGGAUAAAAGCGCUAGAAGACGAUGCAUUACAAGCUGAAAGGGUGCUUCAUAAAACACAAGAAAUCAACAAACUGAAAUCACCAGAAUCACAAGAAUCAAAACCUAAGGAAAAUGGUGAAAACAAGUCAGGGUUAACGAUAUCGGCAGGUGGUCUUAAUAGCCUGGACGAGAUCCAGUUUAUGGAUGAAGGCGACGAAGAUUAGAGAGAAGUUCAUGCAGGGAUUACUGUGAUCCGUAGAUGUCUCACACGUCGUGAAAUGGACACUGAUUUAGCGGGACCUUGAUCAUUAUAACGGAGGUCCUGAGAGGUCAAAGCUUGUCACUACGAUUUAAACAGCGAUGCUACAACCUUUGUGAUUGGUCGAAGAAAGCCAUUGAGCUGUUUGUGUUAGAAUCGGUGCCAGUGAUUGGCCAAUGCCUCUCUCUUUUUAUCUUUCCCCAUCAAAACAUUUUUAUUGCAAACAUUGCCUUGCAAAGGUGCUGGGAUGGAGAGCGCCCCCUCGUGGUUGUGACGUGCAGAAGUCGCGUGCUAGUAAAGGAGAUAAUUCUCUGCUUGGUGCUAUGAUGGGCAAUCAACUUGGACAAGACGAAAGCCAGAAGUGUUGCUCACCAUCACCAAGCUUUUAACAAUUUUCGUCGAUAUGCCAUUUUAAUCUCAUCUCCUGGAUUUAUCAUUUUGAAAAUUUUAAAAUAUUUUAACCAACUUUUUAAAGGAAUGGAUCAGAUCUCCGUAUUGUGUGUAUCUGUGGAAUUUCUUAUCAGCGGAGAUCAACUCUAGGAGCUUUUUAUCAGAGUCUGCAAGGUUGCCGAGGUACAACUGCUGACUGAUUUUGAAUGGUUUGGUUUCUUUCAAGCAAAUGAAGUUAUGAAGAAAGAAAAACAACCCAAAACCUUAAUUAUUGUCACUGAAACUGCCUGCCAUGUGAUCACCAGUCAGACGUUGAUAAUGACAAUGUUGUAAAUAAUUCUGAAAUGGAAAACAAUAUUCACCAAAAUUACUGCCAAGAGAUCAUAUUUCGUUUUCUUUUCUAUUAAAUUAAGUGAUAUUAUGAAGUGAUAUUCACCUAUAAAGUGAUGAUUUAUGUAUAUUAUGUGUAGACUCUUAUAUAAAAAAAAGAAUUAUGCAUUUUCAUUAUUAUUUAUUCACUUUUUUUCACUUGAAAAGUUGAGAUGAGAGCGCUCAGGUCAAGUGUGAUCACUUCUGAUCUGUAUUUUGAAUUCCAAAGAUCAGGAAGGGUGAAAUUUUGGGACCAAUUGAUUGUCUUUGGAAUGAGAGGGGAAUUCAAUUCAUGUGCAUGUAAUUAAUGAUUUGAUCAAAUGUAUUAAUUGGAAGAAGACUAGUAGUGGCGAAACUACAAUGCAUUUAUACUCUCAGUGAUUGUAUGAAAAUACACGAUUGACGUCCGCCUUUGAUCAGAAAUUGACAGUAAAAAAAAAAAAAGAUUCUUAUAAAGUCUAUCUUCAGGAUGAUUAUAAAGAAGCUCCUCCCCCAUUCCCCCCCCCCUCAAAAAAAAGUAUUCACUCCCAGUCAAAAUUGCUUGUAAGGACAAAGAUUUAUUCAAUCAAUGCUGUGGUCACAUAAAUUUGUGUUUUCAUUUUUAUUUCUUCAACGGUCAAACUACUUAUGACUUAAUCAAAGUUGACAAUGAUUGUUAAGCUGUGAAAAAGGUGUCAUAAUCUCUCACCUAACCAGAAUUAUGACAUCUUUAUGUCAGUGAACAAACAAACAAUGUUGAUAUCUUGUUUUGAUUAUGUAACUUUUGGUUCUGUGAUUAUGUAUUGCAUUGGAGAAAAAAAGGAGGAUGAAUUGUAUGGUAAAAUGAAUUGAAGGAGAGAGCUUUAAUGUGAUUAAUUGAUAAUGUGUCAUGUAUUGUAAUAUUUUUUGCAAUUCUAUGAAGAAUAUCAUUUAUUUCUUUUGAUCCAAGUAAACAGUAAUUUCCAAGGGAAUACUGUCUGACGUUUUGAUGUUGUAUCUCUAAAUCUUUUGAACCUGAUGCCUUUUCAUAUUUAAAGAAAAACAUGUUAUCUGUACUGAUUUUAUUGUACAAACAAAUCACUGUUGCCGAUGUCUCAAUAAGAUGCACUGUGCAUUUACUUUGAAUUUUUAGCCAGAAUUUUACAAAUGUCUUGUAGAUGCCAUGUAGGUGUAAAAUUGUUUUUAACAUCGCAUACUAGAUUCCUGUACAGAUUGUGAAGAUAUUUUUGUAUAUCAACAAAGAAUGUUUGAAAAUGUGAAACCUACAUAACUGUACCGGUAGGUGUUGAUGAAUGGAAUGCAUAUAUAUUUACACUAGCCGAUUAAUACAAGAAAUGAAUUUCAUAUUUUAACAGGAGGAAUUGUUCUUCUUAAUCGGAAGAGGACUCCUUAUUCAUAUUGUCAAUAAAUUCUUAACAUGCCAGAAAAAGCGCAGCUGUGUGGGGCUUGUGUGUAAUGAGGGGGCCCACUUGCAACUUUGGCAUUUUAAGAAUUUAUAGUAUAUCUGUACAGAAAAAAAAGGUUUUGCCAUUAUUUUUAGCUUGUACUUCCAUAUCAUUGUAUUGUUUUAUCAGGUCUUUUUUCACACACGUCUCACCGAUAGAUUACUCCAUUUUAACUCAUACACUUACCACAUGUAUUAGAGAUCAUUCUUGAGAGAAUGGCGUAGUGUGAACCAUUCCAUUCAAGAAACAAUCAAUGCACAAAGAUGUCGAAGUGUGGUUUACACCAGUGCAUAACAUCACAUUUUCAUAGUGCUCGUACCAUGCAUUUAGGAUUUUAUAGGGGCAUGAAAUGUCACACUCACUUUCACCAUCUAGGGUACUUAAAAUGAUGACAAAAAAUGUUCUGUCUUCAAGAUGCAUUUGGAUACCCUAUAGACGGAUUGAGUAUCAUAAUUUACAGUAUUCAAUAAGAAACAUUGAUCAAGCAUUUCAAAUGUUCAAUCAAUAAUUAAAAUACUCCAUACCAUACUAUUUGAUGUUAUGAAUAGAUAUGUUGAACAUAGUAUAAGCUUUGAUCAUGAUAUUUACAUUUACAGUGCUUGCCUUUUUACAGCCAGAUUUUACCCCAUAAUGAUAAUAACAUUAUUAGGAAAAAAAUAGAAUUAACAAGGGCCUAUAUAAAAAAUGGUUCAAUGUAAACUGCUCUAUUCAUUUUCUUUUUAACUUGCAUAUUUAUGAUAAAACAGGUAACAUUUAAGAUCUCCAAAUUAUUCUAGCAAAUGAAAGGCAUAACCUUAUAUUAUGAGAGAACUGUAAUAUGUAUUUUGUGUUGUACAGUGUAUAAUUUGGAUGUGUAUAUCCUUUUGCUAUUGUUUUUUUUUACUUGCCAAUCCAGUCAUCUAAAAAAAAACUGUGCCCUACAUCAGCAGUCAAUUUUUAAAUCAAAUUUUCUUUUUUACUCUCUCUCUCUCUCUCUACCCCCCCCCCCUCAUAUUAAAAAGCGCUUGCAUAAUCUAUCAUCACUUAUAUUUUGCACCUGAAUUUAAAGUUACACAAUUUUAUUUUUAUUUACAAUUCUAUUACCCCUUAUACUCUGAAUUCAUUUUUUAAAGUAAAUAAACAUUUCCUUUUGAUAUCUUUACCUGCUGUAAAAUCCUACAAUAUAUUUCUCUCUCUCUCUCUCUCUCUGUAGAUUUAUUAUCGUAAUAUCCCUCUUUCCAUAUCUUUCUUGUAUUCUCAUGAUAUGUACAUUUGUAGACCAUUAUGGUGCUCGUGUAGUAUAUUCCUUUUCAUUUAUUUUUACUUUGUGCUUUUUAUGAUUUCUAUUAUUUUUGUUUCCAUUUUCCCAAUACCCCCUCCUCCAAUGAUAAUACCCAAAUCAUCUUUUGUGUUGUAAUUGAUAUUGUAUUAACCUCUUAUACAGUUUCUUAACAAAUAGUUUCAACUUAUUUAUAUUAUUUUGUAUUAUACGUUGCCUGAGAUUACAACUUCUCGCCGUGUUUUACUUGGAACGGAGAAUGUAAUAUAUUGAUGUAUGAUAUUCCAUUUGUUGUGUACCUCUGAACAAGAGCUUGAUCUGUUAUUAUGCAAGAUAAUUUAUGUUCAUUUAAUGCCAGUAUACUUGUUUUAACUGGAUUCCCAGAUUAAUGGGGGUUUUUAUAUUACAUAUAUGAGAUUUAUGACCUAAAGGCACUACUUGGCAUUCCUAUGUUUAUUACAUUCUAAUAGAUCACAUGAUUAAUGUUAAGCGUAGAACGCCUGAACCUAAUGGACAAAUCACAUUUAUCACCCACAAUCAAUAUCACUAAGUUAUGCGCUAUUUCAGUUAUGAAUUUGUCUAUUUUUAGAUUUUAUUUUGGAGCAGUAAUAUUUUCCGUGGCUUAUUUUGCCAAGCUUUAUACAGCUUCAUCGCAUUUCAAUUUUUUUAAUAUUUUCAUUCAAGCAAGCUGCCGAUCACUUUCAUAUCGAUUUCCCCAUCUUCUCUCCAGACAUUUGUUUUGAAGGACCACACUCUCAUUCUCUCCUCGUUCCUGGAAAGACGUUUUAGUGAUCGAAUAAACAUUGGAAAUUUAAGUUAUAGCCAGAGUAUAUAUUAGAUUAGGACAUUGUUUUAUGUACACAUGUAAUUUGCACUUGUAUUUAUUAGCCCAACCGCUAUUGUUUUAUAUUUACAUUUAGUAUGUGAACACCAGAGAAGCAUUUUGAAUAUUAUGAAUGGAGUAUUUUAACAUUGUUGUGAUAAUAGUGUUCCAUACUUACAAAGAGAGUUCUAACAGGCGACGGAGGGGAAUAUGAACCUCCUGCGUGUGCCGAUAUUUUGUAUUUUAUUCUGAAAAUGCAAAAUCUGUGAAGUAUUAAAUAUGAAAUAUUACCAAA